UCAAUUUAGGGUUUCUUUUUCCUAACUCGCACCUCCGUCGUCGCCACAGCUUCGAAGCUCCGUCGUCCUCGCCACAGCGCGAGCGAAGCCAGAACAGGAGCAAGCAUGCUGAUUCCGAAGAAGAACCGGGUGGAGGUCUACAAGUACCUUUUCAAGGAAGGGGUCUUGUACGCCAAGAAGGAUUACAACGCCCCGAAGCAUCCCGAGAUUGAUGUGCCCAACCUUCAGGUCAUCAAGCUCAUGCAGAGCUUCAAGUCCAAGGAGUACGUCAAGGAGAACUUCGCCUGGCGCCACUAUUACUGGUACUUGACCAAUGACGGCAUCGAGCAUCUCCGGACAUACCUCAACCUCCCCUCCGAGAUUGUCCCUGCUACUUUGAAGAAGUCUGCUCGUCCUCCAAGCAGGCCGAUGGGAGGUGCUGGUGGCGACAGACCUCGCGGUCCUCCCAGAGAUGGAGACAGGCCACGAUUCGGUGAUAGGGAAGGUUACAGAAGCGCUGACCGUGGAGACAGUGGCUUUGGUGGAGACAAGGGUGGAGCUCCCGGAGAGUACCGACCUGAAUUUAGGGGCGGACGAGGUGGAUUUGGUCGUGGAGGAGGGGGAGGCUUUGGAGGUGGUGCCCAAGGUGCCAUUAUAGAGUAGGGUGUUGCACUUGCACUGUCCAUCCUUUUUCCCCAUUUGAAAUCUCGAGUAGAUAAAGCGUUGGGCUGGUUUCUGUAUCGAUCGGGUUCGGAUUGUGGACAGUGGAGCUGGAAAGUUAUGUUGUGUUCUAGUUUUAUUAUUUCUGAUGAAAUAUAAUGAUGAGAACGUACUUUUCCAUUUCGAAGUAUCGAUCAUGGAUGAGUUGAGAUGGCAAUUUUGCAACACUUCUCGUGAGAACCCUUAAGGCAAUGGAAUUUUUUCUCAUAUUCA